AGGACUGCGAUCCUCAUCCGCCGACCAUGUCUCGUCAGACAACCACUGCGCAAAAGCCAUCUUCGAACUGGCUCGCUUUGAAGAAGCGAUUCCCCUUAGCACCAUCCACAUCCGACUUGAGCAAGUCGGAUACACCACCGCCCAAGAAGAAGCGGAAAACUUGGCAUGAAAGCGAACGAGCAUCCGAGGUCUCCUUUGUUCGCGGCACAGAUGCCGCGUCCGCUCGUUCCAUCACCCCCACUCCAUCCAUAGCGGCAGACGACGAAGACCACGGUGGAGAAUCAAAGUCCGUCCUCCGCAAGAUGAUCGCAGGCGAACUCAAAUACUCUCCCACCCACCAACAACCGGGCAAGUACCUGGCACUCGACUGCGAAAUGGUCGGUGUCGGGCCCGAAGGACUAGAGUCCUCGUUAGCACGCGUCAGCAUCGUGAACUUCUACGGACACGUCCUGUUGGACGUAUUUGUGCGCCAGCGAGAGCGGGUGGUAGAUUACAGGACGCAGUUCAGCGGCAUCCGGCCUAGCGACAUGAUUGACGCCACACCGUUCCCUGAGGUGCAGAAGAUAGUCUCCGACCUUCUCAAGGAUCGCAUACUAGUAGGGCACGCGCUCCAUAACGACCUCAAGGUUCUUUUCCUCUCCCAUCCACGACAACAAACUCGCGACACCCAGGUGUACGCGCACAAACACGCGCUCGUCAAGACGAAGCGGGCUGCUCUCAGGAAUCUCGUCCAGCAGGAGCUCGGCGUGGCGAUCCAAGCCGGGGAACACUCAAGUGUAACGGACGCCCGGGCGACCAUGGCGGUUUAUCGUCUGCACCGCAAAGAAUGGGAGAAGGGCCAGCGCCCAGACGGUCACCCACAUACCAAGACGAAGACGAAGGCGACGAAGCGGAAGCGUGCCGCGUCUGAGCCAGGAGAAGCACCCUCCACGUCGACCAGCCAAGUGUCUGUUACCCGCGAGUUCCCGGGUGGUGGCCGGAAGGGCGUCAGCUCGGGAUUGUCGACGGUCGUCAAGCGGAAGGAGACAGCAGUGAAGACGGAGAAGUGGUGGACGAAGCUGGGGUGACCGUGGUUGGCGUGGUCGACGGAUCUGCUGUUUACCGGCGACAGGCUCUGUCCGAUCUCAAGCCAUACGGGGAAUUCGCGACGCCGUCGUCGAUCGGCCCACGUCGCGAAGCACGAUGGC